AUGGACCCCACGGCUCCUCUGCGAUCUUCUUGUUCUGGGGGUUCGCCGCCAAACACUGGGAGAAGCGAUGAUCUCUUUCAAUUAAUUUCCCUUUCUCCUGAAGAUGAGAUUUUUCCCCUCCUAGUCACUCUUUACACACCACCAUCGUCAGGACAGCGACUUAUUUUCUUUCGUGACCGUGAGUGUCUAAGUUUUGAAUCCGUGUCUCUUCUUGGGUCUGACCAGUUCCAGCUCCCCGAGGUGCGCGCCUUGAAGUUCGACAUUACUCACGUGGAUCGUGAACGACAACUGCCCGGCUACUGGUUUGUCGCGCCUUAUGGCCAAAUCGAACCUGAGAAUCCCACCCAGAAAUACGAACAGUUCCAGAUCGGACCGUAUAUAUACGAUAACGAUGGUAUGCUCGUCUGGGCGGGAUCAUCCAUCACCGAAAACCGCAACGUUUUCGACUUUAAAGCGAACUGGAACAUCGAUGCCGAGCCACACCUUUCAUUCAUUCUCCAGCAUGAAUUCGACAACUCCGACCGCGGAAGUGGAGUCAUUCUGAACAACAAAUACGAAUACGAACACCAUGUCGGCGUAACCAAUGAUCUCGACGCAUUUAAUAUGCAUGAAUUUAAUAUCUUGGAUGGUGGCAAGACCGCUCUGGCGUGCACAUACCGAUCACAGCUGGUUAGCCUGGCCGACUUCGGCCGACCCUCAGAGGAGAGCUGGAUUGUUACAGGUGGAUUUGUGGAACUGGACGUUGAAUCUGCGACAGUUCUCUUUGAAUGGGACUCAGGCGAUCAUCUGUCCAUUACCGACUCCGUCAAAUUCCACCCCUGGGAUGGCGCGCAAGGCGAGCCUGGAAACGACUACGUGCAUAUCAACGCAGUCGAUAAGAACGCAGAUGGCGAUUAUAUUCUUUCCAUGCGGUUCGCAAGCACCAUCUACAUGAUCUCUGGCCAAGACGGCCAUAUCAUGUGGCGACUGGGUGGAAGUGAUUCAGCCUCGACCGACUUCGACCAGGACUUUACCUUCUCCAAGCAGCACGAUGUCAAAUUCGUCUCGUCGAACGGCACACACCACGUUAUUUCAUUUAUGAACAACGCCUCAGAUGAGUAUGAGAAUGAGGAGGAUCUCUCUUCUGCUCUUUUCGUGGAACUUGACACUAGCGUGACUCCGAUGACUGCUAGAGUUAUCAAGCGCCUUGAGCGCCCGGAUAGAGGUCUCACCCGACUCCGCGGAAACGUUCAACCGCUUCCCAACGGAAACACCUUUGUUGGAUGGAGUCAGUGGGGCUACCACGCCGAGUAUGCGCCAAAUGGCGACACACUCAUGUACGCGCAGUUUGCAUCGGAGCGUUUCUCAAGCUACCGGUCCUACAAGUUUGACUGGAUCGGUAGACCAACUACACCCCCCGACAUGGUUACCUACGUCUAUGGUGCCAAUGAUUUGGACAUGAUGACCAUUAUCCACAUCAGCUGGAACGGUGCGACUGAUGUAGCCGGAUACAACUUCUAUGCUCGGGCAUUCGACCGCGGCGAGGAUAUCUUCAUCGGCUACGUCAACAAGACCAGUUUCGAGACACUUUUCAUAGGAGAUGGGUACAUGGACUGGAUCUCCGCCGAAGCCAUUGACAAAAACGGCAAUGUUCUCGGCACCACUCCCCUGCAGCGCACAGAAGUACCGCCCGGCUGGAAAGCAGUUGGGUUCACAGGUUCAUCAUCAGGACCCAUCCCAGACGAUCCAGCGAUCAUCUCGACCUCAAAAGAAGGCGACAAUUCUUACAGCGCAGGCUCGACUUCUGAAGACCGCAAGGGGAUAAUCUACGGCCAAACAAAAGCGGUCGCGGCCGCGGUUUACAAAGCCUACGAGAUCAUUCAAGUCUUGGGCGGAAGCUUGAUCAUCCUCUUAACCUUGUGCUGUACCGCCGGUAUUGUAUACGGUAUCCGGCGUUUCCUCCGAGUGAGGAGAUCACGCUCGUAUCAGCAUAUUCCUUCAGAAGAAGGUCAGCCCGUUGAACAGAUUCAACUUCGUUCGAGUGACGAGUGA